AUUAUCUGCUUGCAUCACAGCAUAAGUGUAAAUAGCCCUUACUGGUAAUGAUCAUGUGGGAGGCUGCCGGGAUUCACUUUCAAACAAUAUUUGCUGUUAAAACAGCUGUUUUUUGGGGUGCCCUUUGAUUUGUUGAUUUGGUUUAGUCAGUAAAAUCAAUGAAUAUAUUAAAUAAUGUUACAUAAGAUAGGUAACUGUAUAUAAGAGUUGGUCUUUCUCUCGUUCAGUAUCUCCAUAGGAAGACGAGUCCACAGGUUGACACUGCCAAGAAAGAAGAGAAGAUAUCUUUUCCUGCAGGUAAUCAUCAUCUUUGACAUCUGCGUCAUCUUCACCCCAAGGAUGCUGACCACAUCGCUCCUUAUUUUCACCAUGAUGGUUCUGACUAGAGCAAAUAGUGAGUACAGCUCUGAAGUGCUGUCUAUCAACAGGACUGUAACCAUCAAUGAAGGAGGGCCUUGUCCUAACCAGUGGGAUUAUUAUGAAGGUCGCUGUUUCCACUUUGUUCCAAGAUCCUUGACUUGGGCGAAGGCCCAGUCAAGCUGUCGGUCCAUGGACGCAAACCUUGCAUCGAUACACAGCAUUGAGGAGUACCAUAAGAUUCAGAGCAUUAUAGAGGACCAUGCUGCAGACAAUAAAAACACAUGGAUUGGAGGCUCAGAUUGCCAAGAGGUAAACGCUUGGUACUGGAUUGAUGGUACACGUUUCAACUUCCAAGAAUGGUGUGGUGGUCAACCUGAUAGUCCCACUCAGAACUGUAUCCAGAUUAAUUAUGGAGGUGGCAAAUGCUGGGAUAACUUGGAGUGCGACGUUGCACUUGCAUCGAUGUGUGUGAAACCGGCCAAUUAA